AUGUUCAAGACGACUCGAUCUGCGGGGGCGCUGGUUUGGAAAGCCAAAUUCACACCUCAUAGAUCUCUCGCGGCAAUUUCAUCUUCAGUAAGGAAUUCUGCACAAGAGGUUGAGGCACGAGGUGCUGGGAAUGCGGGUGCUGCAGGUGUGGGAGGGGCAAAUAAUGAUGGGUUUAAAAUGAGUGUUACGGGGAAGCAGAGGAGGGAGGUCCUUCUUCCUAGUCAGGAGGGUAAGAAGGGCGUUAUGCAAUAUGCUUUAACCACCCUAGAUCAAAUCGCCAAUUGGGCACGUCAAGGAUCCCUCUGGCCCAUGACCUUCGGACUCGCCUGCUGCGCCGUCGAAAUGAUGCAUCUGUCGACCCCCCGCUACGAUCAAGAUCGUCUUGGCAUAAUUUUCCGUGCCUCGCCUCGUCAAUCCGACGUUAUGAUUGUGGCGGGUACUCUUACCAAUAAGAUGGCGCCUGCGCUCCGUCAGGUUUAUGAUCAAAUGCCGGAACCGAGAUGGGUUAUUAGUAUGGGUUCUUGUGCGAAUGGGGGCGGUUAUUAUCAUUAUAGUUAUAGUGUGACGAGGGGUUGUGAUCGGAUUGUGCCGGUCGAUAUUUAUGUGCCGGGUUGUCCGCCGACUAGUGAGGCGCUUAUGUAUGGGAUUUUUCAGUUGCAGAAGAAGAUGAGACAUACGAAGAUUACGAGGAUGUGGUAUAGGAAGUAG